GUAUGAGUGGAGCAAGCCCUGUUCAUCAAUAAUUAUAAAAAACAUUAGAUGUUGUUCAAAGAGGAUUUGAAGAAGUAGUCUAAAAUAUUCCUAAACAAUAUCAUGAGUAAUGUAUGAGUUAAAAUGGCAAAAAUGUAGAGAAAUAUGCAUAAUGUAUAAUUAAUUCAUAAUUUUCAAAAGGUAUGUAUCAAAAAAGCAAAAAUGUUGACAAAUAAAUGAAAGCCUUUGAUUUUAAAAUGCUCUUUAUGGGAAUUACAUUUGAAUAAUGCAUUAAGGCAACCCCAUAAGAUUAAUGUAUUUAGAAUGCAAAAUCUACUGUUGAAGGUUUCAUCAAUGAUUUUUAGAAGAUUGUUAAAUGAA